AUGGCGAGGUCCAGGUCACAAUUUUCUAAUCAGGACACAUCUCCAAACUCUACAAAGUCCAGAGAGUGGGAUAACAUAUCAAGGUGGUCUGAGUAUCUGCCUCCUGAAGGUUCUUCUCCUUCGACAUCUAACAGCUGGAAGCAUAGAGUUUUUGAUGUACAGCCAAGUUCGGGAUACUCUCAAAAGGCUCUUCAUAUGGAAUGGGUAGUUCAGAUGUCCAUGGUUGCUGAAGGCCUAUUGACUAAAAUGUACCGAUUGAACAAACAACUUGACUGUCCGGAUUUGGCCUCGCAUACAUUUUCAGAAUCUUUUUGGAAAGCUGGGAUCCUUCCCAAUUACCCAAGAAUCUGUACACUGAUGUCAAAGAAGUUUCCUGAGCAUCCUAGUAAAUUGCAACUUGAACGGGUUUGUGUUCUUCCUUUAGCUUGUACGAAUUUCCUGCCUCUCCCUGUCUUUACAUGUUUUGUUGUGCAGGUUGACAAGCUUGCAUUCGACUUUCUCAGUGAAAAUGCUGAAGUCUAUUUGCAAAAUCUAGAACCGUGGAUUAUGGUUUGUGCUACUGACCUCACCUUGUUGCUGUAAAAUGUCUCAGUAGAAAGUUUGAUACUGUUUUCCAUUGUGAUGAAUGUGAACCUUCUUGUAUUGCUUUCUUUGCAUACUGAGGGUUAUUUUUCUUCAUUUUCUUUUCUCCUUCUCGCUUUAGAAUUUAACAUGGCAUGUGUUGCACGUAUGUGAACCACUUAAAGGUUUCAAAAAUUUUGGGCUUUUUCUGUGCUAUGCAUUGAUAUCGUAUUAUGUUCACUGAUAAUAACCCUGUUCUGUACAUGGUUCAUCCUAAAAUAGCCUUACCACGUUGCUCAGGACUCACUAGUAUCCAUUGUGGGAUUCCUUUUGCUGAAGGUGCAUAAAACCAAUGAAUGCUGCCCGUUUUUAGCGGGUGAGCUUCUGAAAAUGUCUUUUUUGAUGUCUUUUACCAAGAGAAGUCGGUAAAUCAUUGGUCUCAUUGUUGUAGACCAUUUAUAGCUGUUAUGGAUCAGAUGAUCUAUUAUCUCUCCUGUCUUCCAGAUUGAAUUGGAAGGGUGACCUGUAGUCGUACCAGUUGUAAUUUAAUGCCAUAAAAAUAGGAACAUAACAAGGGAAUUAUUUGAAAGCUUUGUUGUGCUUUCCUCUUUAUGUUCCCAUGCAACAAUCUACUAGUAAUAAUGGAUUACACGAUACUACUUCAUUCAUUGAAAUGGUAUGUUUUCAUGAGGCACAAAACAUUUGUUGACCUCGUGCAUAUUCCCUGUGUCACAUUCACUAGUCAAAAUUGUCCAUUUUUUUAAUGUACUGGGUCAUCCCCAUGGCCAAUGUGCAGAAAAAUUGACAAGUUUGUAAUUUUACGUACAUCUAUCUAUCAGAUCAAUUGAGGGGCGGGUGUGAUUCUGUAAUUAAUGUUAGGCUAUAUAGAAAAAAAAUUCUCCUACGAAGUCCACGAAUAAAUUCCUGGUGGACAAUGGUUUUGUGAAUGGUGGGGGUAAAAUUAGGAAUGCAAAACGUCAUGUCAGAGUAUUGCAUCCAGUUAUUCAUAUAUCUGGCUCUCUGAGAGUCGAUGGUCGUCACUGCUUAAGUCAAAUGCCUGGGGGUUUACCAAGAACUACUUUGGGUUACAUCCCAUUAUCUUUGUACUCAGGUUUAAGAACACUAGAUUCUAGAAUCUUUAUAUAUUAAUUUGCUCGAGUUAAGUGAUCUACUGAGCUGCAAAUAUGUGUUUAGGAUGCAGUAAGAGAAAACAUUGCUUCGUAAAGAAAAAUGGGACUGUCAUAGAUAAGGGGCAACUGUAGGAUCAUAAUGUAGAGCUGGUGUUCAAGGCAGGAGAGAAGUUUCUUAGCAUAGCCCCAUCUGGAAGCUUCAUCUCUAACCAGGCCAUGCUUAGUAUUGGGCAGUCCUGAUCUUUCCUGUGAUUGCCCUAGGAAAAUUCAUUUGGGGCAGGGAUCUUGUAAACAUAUGAGCUGGUGUUUCUGAGGUGGUGGUGGCUAGUGACUGGGAAUGAUUACUGCCAAUAACCCUAGUGGCUGUGGCUGGAAGGAUAAGAAGGUUCACACAUUGCUGAUGGUUUGCACUCAGCUUCCUGCUGCCAUGCAACAGGCCACCCCUGCAUCUAGUCAUUUUCACCAUAGAAAAAAAACUAAUCACAGGGGUAUAAAUGUAAUUUCUUCUGCAUUCCUAAUAUAUCUAGGAAUAGUUAAAAGUUGUGUGAUGGGGGCUGCUUAAAAAUUCAAAGGAAAUCCUUUCUUGUCUAGGUUCCCUCCGAAAAGAGGAUGAUGAAAAUUUAAUGGUUGAUUAUAGUCCAUACCUCUUAGAUGCACAGCUACUUUAAUUAAGAACGAUUGGAAAAUCAAGUUCAUAUGCCUCUGUGAGUGAAUUUUAUACAUCUUUUGUAUGUUAGUUGAAACGUUAUUUUUGAUUUUCUUUACAUAUAUUAAUUGUGUAAGUAUGAAAGCAUUUAUUUUAUUUUCCCCUCGUCGAUAAGCUAAUGAUGACCCUUGAUUGAAUUCAGUUUCUUCUUGACUUGAUGGCAUUUCGGGAACAAGCUCUCCGGCUCAUUUUGGACUUAAGUAGUACUGUUAUCACGCUGCUGGUUAGUUACUCUCCUUCAUUAUUGUGAAAUCUUAUGCAUUUGCUGAAUUAUACAUCAACGAGAUAUGAGCACAUGGCUUACCUUUAUUUAUAUUGUGAUGCAUUUGAAUUUUAUUAACAGUUACAUGAAGGGAAUUUAUCUGUUUUUUCAGCCCCAUCAGAAUUCUUUGAUCCUCCAUGCGUUUAUGGAUCUGUUUUGCUCCUUUGUUCGAGUAAACCUUUUUUCGAUUAAGGCAAGUGUUUCUUCAUACCCCAUUUCUCCAGAUUUUUCAAUUUUCAAACGUUUUUUGAAAUUUUCUUCUAAAGAGUUUCUUGUUGAAUAAGUGCUUCUAUUUUUGAAUGCAUUAUCUAUCAAAUAUAAUGCUUAUGGUUCUGUCAACAGAUCCCAAGGAAAAUGUUCAUUCAAGUGUAUAACCUUUUGCAUAGCAUGUCAAGAAGUGGUCGAGAUUUUGAGUUCUACCACAGGUUGGAGUUUUGUUUUUUCAAAUUAAUUACAUUGUCUUGCAAAGUAACUUUUUUGCUUAAACCUUUUGUUUACCUUGGAACUUUGUUUACAUUGCAUGGUGCAUUUUAUUGCAGUGUAGUGAUUUUUCCCCUUCAAGCUUCCUUUCAUCCUUUCAUUUAGAAAAGAGGUCAUGUGAAUGAAUAGUGGCAGAAAGUAUACUGACUAUACAUAGCUUGAUGAUAUAUAUGCCAAAGAAAUAAUGUUUAUCUCUUUUUACUGUGAAACUUUUAAGAAGAACUAUAUGCCACUAUUUUGCAUAAGAUUUUGAGGUGACCAAGGUGAUAAUCCACUAUCUGCACCAAAGUGGCAGAGUGACAUGCUUAGCCAACUUUUAGUUUUAAACUUAGGUUUUUUGAUUUCUCAACACCUUGAAAUCCCGAAUUUCCCAUAGCUCUCCUUGUCUAUUAUUAUUCCACCUACAUCCGUGCAGAGUUUUUUAUUAGUAUGUUUGAGUUUCGUGGCCAAGAUUCUCUUUGCCGUGGACAGAUGCUCUUGGGAUAUUGUAUUAAAACGCGGUUAAUCUCGUCGAGUUUAUUAUCGAGAUGAAAAUCCAGCCUUAAUGGAAAUAAAAAGAACACCUAUUAUAUUUACCGUUCCUUUUUUGAUCUUGAUUUUUUUGUGGUAACAUCAUAAAACUGUAAAUGGAAGAAACUCCUUUGAUUGUCAUGCUUUUUACUGUUUUUACCUGGAGGAUGUACAAUGGAAAGAAUUCUAGACUUGUUAAAGUCUGCCGUGGAAUGAUUACGAACUUGAUAAACAUUUUAUCUGCCAUGCUUUUUGAUCCCCUUUUGGGUAGUCAUUAUGAUUGCUGGUAUUGCCUUCCAGUAAUUCUGCAAAAUAUGACUAAAGACAUUUUGUGGGACUUCGCAACUCUCUUGUGAGAAUGCAUAUCUAAUGAACAAAUGUUCUGGUGACACGUCCUCUCAGAAAAGGCUCCAAUUUCUGGAUGUUGUCUGUAAAGGUAUCCAGUAGCUCACAAGCGACAGUCUCCUUUUGUUGAGAUAAAGAACCCCAAAUUUGAGAAGCUGUGUUCUAUAGAAUAAACUGAUCGAAGCAUAUGUUUGCCAUCUGGCUUCAGUCUCCUUCAGUUUUUCCUCUGCUGCUGAAAAGAGUCGUUUACCAGAAGACCAGUGGGACUAUUGUUGCUUUGUCUCAUUUCCCUCGGUUCUAUCAUAAAGUUGGGCAUCAUCCUACACCCUCUUUUCCAAUAUAAUUGUCAACUGGAGUAUCGAUAUGAACUCAUAAAGGAGAUCCCUUCAAACAUGGAUCAACUUGGAGAGUAGAUAAUUGAACACUUCCUAGCCUUCGAUGAAUUCAAGAAAUGAAAUGUUUCAUCGCUGCCCCUCUUAAGGUGGGAGAACUUCAUUUAACUUGGAAAAUAUACAUUUAUACAUACUACAAAGAUAGAAUAAAGCAUUGAAUGAUCCCAUCUACCUCUGUGAGCUUUCUUUAUUCUUUUCACCUUCGGAGGCAAGAGGGCUUUAAAACCCUGGAAUGGUUAGCACUCGCUGAAAGGUUUCUAGUUGGAAAAAAUCUACGUUUUGGCACCAAUAUCAUAUGUUUCAGUGCAACUCAUUCUAUAGUUAGAGAUUAAAAAUGCUGUGACUGGUGAAAUUGAUUUUGGAGAGGGUACUCUGUGAGUUUCGGGUACACUUAGGUGCCCAAGUGGCCCAUUUGGCCCUGCUCAACAUUCACUUUCGGGGAUUGGUUACAUUGAUGUGAAAGAUGGUUUUUGGGAUACACUAAUUUUGUGGAGUUUACAUGAAACACCUAAUUUGGUAACAUUGAUUUGAAAGAUGGCCUUGGGUUUAUAUAGAAAAUACCUGAAACACAUGAUUGGUAUUUUCUGUUUUAUGAAUUCUAUUGGGAAAGAGGUAAAGCCACAACCAAGUCCUGCUGGGAGGGGGAUUCAUUCUCUCCUAGUUGGCCUUAUUGAUGCUGUGGAUCAUCCUAUUACUGACUACAUGCUAUGGGGUUGCCCCUCCGAUGAUAUGCCCCAUGUCAGUGGUAUCCUGACUUUGUGAAAUAGAGGAACAGGGGGAAGAAUGAUUCCUUGACUCGUGUUUAACUUCAUUCUUUGGCGAUUGGAGGGUAAGAAGCUUGUCAAUUGCUGAGGGGUUGAUUCUUUUUGUUGGAAAAUCAGAUUAGUGAUGACGUUGUGUGGACUUGCAAGGUUCUGUCUAUUUGUAGACGACGCCAACCAUAUUACUACUUUAUGAGGACGAACGUGUUCUCUUUGGGGGCAAAUAGUGCAUGAUAAUGUAAUGUAGCUCCCAUGAUAUAUUGAUAUUCUAGUUUUGCAUGUUUAUAUUUUUAUUUAUUAUUGGGAAAAAGAUAUUCACAUCUUUUUAUUUAUGUGAGUGCAUAGAUACAAGUUGUUAUGCAUGAUAGUCUUUCAUCAUUUCUCAUAAAAAAUUAUAAAAGACGAAAAUGAGCAUAUUGAUGACAGUACUUGCGCAACUAGACAAUGAUCAUUGAAAAUGAAAAUGGUGUGGAUCACUGUUUAUGUAGCCCAGUGUAGUAUAACUUAACGAUUUUUGGUACUAUAUGUGAAUCACUGUUUAUGUGUGCCUUUCUACAAACAUUCCCCUACAUUUUAGUUUUCCAAUGUGAGUUGAUACUAUAUGAAUUAAAUGCGUGAGAACAUUCUGUUGAUCUAGUGGAACAAGAUUCACAGCUUAAAUUUGUUUAUUUGAUAUAACUUUUUUGAACAAAAUUGCUGUUUUUGGUCUGAAAAUUGUGUGUAUUCUUCUUUUUUCCCCAUGGAUUUCAGGUUGGUUCAGUUCGUUGAUUCAUAUGAUCCACCAAUAAAAGGUCUGCAGGAGGAUCUUAAUUUUGUCAGUCCUCGUAUUGGAGAGGUCAUUUUUUAAUUCUGCUAUUUGCUGUAUUCCUAUUUUCAUGCAAUCUAUUUCAGCAAACGUUUUCUUUUAAUGUUCUUGUCAUAAAUACUCCGGCAGAGACCUAUCUCAUUCUUCUGGUUAUGCUUUUUGCUCGCUAUAGGAAGUUAUUCCAGUUGUUUUCUCAAUGUGAUUACCACAUAUCUCUUCUGAUGUCUUAAAGCUUUGUGACAUUCUUGAGGUAUCUAAUGUGAUGAUGCUUGGGUUUUAGCUGUUUCGGAGUGGAUGCAUGAUAUUUGGAGAGAAAUAGUGUGAGUCUCUGUCCUUGGAAAAUCUGUUUCCGUCAUUUUGUUGGAUGCUCAUGCUACUGCGAUUAGAGAUGUGAGGGGGGAUUGGUUUUUGAAAUUUGAAAGAUAUUUGAGUGGGGCUAAAGUCUUGCUACUGGACACUGUUGGUGCACAAAAGCUUAAUCUAUGGGUAAGACGUGCGAGAUGGAGACGUGAAAGUGUUGAGAGCUCACUGUUAUCCUAAAUGAUCUCAAAUUUGGGAGGAAUAGCCAAUGCACUUGUCAGAUGUUCUGUUUGACUUUUACUUUAAUACUUAUAUUUAAUGGGCUCUUUUUUCUUUUUGUUCUAUAUCAGGACCUACUACAUUUUAUUGGAGUAAAAACACUUGAUAACUUGUUUCUUAAUUGCUCAUAAUCAUCCAGGACCUACUAUGGCAUGAUUUAGUGCUUACUGGCAGAUUCUUGCAAUAGUCUAGGAAUUGUGGAACAAAAGUCAAAUUUGAAGUCUUGAUGGCUCAUCCUGCUUGGCUAUUCUUUUGGUCAUUUGGAAUCAAUAGAACAAACAGCCUCUUAGUCUCUAAAGUUGCUUCGAAUGACUCUGAUGCUGGCAUUCUUCUUUGAAUAAGUGUUUGCUAGCAACUGGCAUGUAUUCCCAACUAUCUGGAACUUAUUGGAUAAAAUUUAUGUCCUUUACACAAUGGGAAACGGGAAGUUGUCUUUCAUGAAAUGUACUGACAUCUGCAAAUCAGACGAAUGGUCGGGCUGGUAAAUGCUUGCCCGUCUUGGAAGUUUUUUUUAUCAAAUAAUUUGCAGUAUAACGUUUACAGGUAUCGCUCGUUGGAAUGAGGUAAUAUAAAAAAAGGAAAAUUUUGAUUUGUGAAAUCUAAAAGAUAAUGUUCAUAUUUAUGUCAAUCUAACACGAAACGAAUCUUUAUGAUUUGUAAACAGGUUUUGGAGGCUGUUGGCCCCUUUAUAUUUCUCUCAACGGACACAAAGAAGUUAAGAAAUGAGGGCUUUCUAAGUCCAUUUCACCCUCGGUAUCCUGAUAUACUGACAAACUCUGCUCAUCCUAUGGUAAGAAUUUUUGUAAAAGUGACAACGAAUGCUACUUGAUGUUGACUUUCUUGGAUACCCUUAUCUUUGAUACCUACAGGCAUUCACUCUUUUGGGUUGUAUGUCUUCUCUUUGACUUUGUUCAAUCUGAUUUAAUUUUCCGUUGUUCUGCAGAGAGCACAAGACUUAGCCAAUGUCACUUCUUACCGAGAAUGGGUUCUCCUGGGCUAUCUUGUUUGUCCUGAUGAAUUGCUCCGUGUAACAAGCAUCGACAUUGCCAUGGUGUGUUGUAGCUGAUAGUUUAUUUUGAUGAUUGUUUAUUCUUCAAUUUCGGAGCGUCCAUCUGUUUCUGUCUGUCUUCUUAACAUAUCUUAUGUUUUUUGACGAAUUCCAUUUCCAUAUGGUGCUAUUUUUUAUCCAAGUAUUAUCCGUUGUUGGCCUGUGGGAUCCUCUCCUCGGUGGGUCUUAUUUCAGACAACUAUAUUGCAAAUAUUACUUUGCUUUGCUGUUAAAUAUGUUCACAUAUAGAAGCUGUAUUCAUCUCAUUCCUUGGCUCUCUUGCCUGUUUUACCUGUUUUCUAAAGACCACCGAAAUUCGUUCUUCCAGACUAUAUUUCCAUAUGAAGUACUAAUUUUGUUCAACUUAUCCUGGAUGUGACUUAUGGGUGUUCUCUAGGCAAUGGCUGCCUUCCACAUCUAAGCUGAAAGAACACCAUCUGCAGUGAUCCGCCAUUUAUGAAGAACGUUUUCUCCAUCAACAGCGCUUUUAUUGCUAAUUUAGGUUUUAUUUUCAGGUUGCAUUGAAAGAAAGUGUAAUUCUGACAUUGUUCAGGGAUGAGGUAACUAUUUCUUUUCACAUGGUUACAUUUUUUUUCCCGUUUCCUAUAUGUUUAUGCCCUUUUUUGUUGAAUCCGCAGUACAUACUUUUGCAUGAAGAUUACCAGCUCUAUGUCUUACCAAGGAUUUUAGAAUCAAAGAAGAUGGCCAAAUCAGGGCGCACAAAGCAGAAGGAGGCAGAUCUGGAAUACAACGUUGCAAAGCAGGUUGAGAAAAUGAUAGGGUAUGUUCACCACAAUAGCUUCGAAGAGAGAACUUAUUCGGUAGUAGUAGUUUCGUUGGUGCCUUUUCCUCUCUGAAUGGAUUGUUCUAUGUGCUUUGUUUCGAAUUUUUGAUUACAUGAUGUAAUCAUUCUUUUGCUUAACUCGUGUCAAUGCUGAGGAACUUGUACUGUGUGGGAAGUUCAAAUGCUGACAAUAGCUCAGAUGGAUGAUGUACUACCUCAUAAAAUCUGUGCUGUUAUAUUUUUAAAAUGUAGGCUAUCUCUAAAAGUCUUUAAGUAUGUGACUUAGCCAAAAUUAAUGGGAUCACUAUCAUGAGAAAAAAGUUAUCUCUUCUCCAUCGGGACAAAUCGAUUGGACAUGCCAAGCCAUGAUCUUUGGGAAGAUGGUUUAGAUGCGUGAAGAGGACUGUAAAUCAUGGCUGGAAUUUUUAUAUUAGUAUCAAUAAAAUGAGGUCAAUAUUUGAUCGCCAAGUUUUGUUGAGUAGAGAUUUUGGACUAGGUUUUGCUUAUAAAAGUAGAAGUUUGCCAUGCUACACUGGGGAAUUGACUGUGGAUUUUGAAAAAGUAAAAGCUUAAACUUACAGACUUUUGUGUGGAGAAAAUUCUUCUCAUACGUUUUCACAUGGCAUCACCAAAUGAUACAAGUCUUGAAUAAGAAUCUACAACGGACUAGAACGCCCUUGUUGACGAUCCUUUACUAAAAAGGUGGAGGAUGUGAGGUAACGUAGUUAAGCUAAGGUCAAUCGAACGGAAUGACUAGAAAAAAAGCCAGGGUCAGUAGACCGAACUAAUAGUUUUCAUUUCCCAUCUCAUGGAAAACCCUUUUCACUCCGCUUAACCCUAUCUCCUUCUAGGGGUAUUUUAGUGAUAUGUUCUAUAGGAACUGGACGAUCAUAUUUGGUCAAGCUUUUUCUCUGAGAAAAGAAGUUCACGACCCGUGGGGCUUCUACCUCCACGAGGCAUUGCUCCGUCAGGCUUUCGCCCAUUGCGGAAAUUGUUAUCCCCCCGAUAUUUCAGUUCUGGAAAUCCUUUGCUGGUUGAAAGGGGUGGGAAUGUAGGGGGGUUGGCAAGCGGCCAUAGUAGGAAGAACGGGCUGGCCCUGAUUAAGAUUUAAAUCUGGGGAGACUUUGUCCUGAUUCAGUGGACUAAUCCCUAUCCAAAUUAAGAUAAAAGGUUAAAUGGAAUCCGUGAAAAAUUGGAGUCUCUCUUGGAUCUUACAGUUUCUAGCUGGAUUGGGCUGAUAAAAGGAUUCUAUAUUUUCUGGCUGUUGCUCUAGGCAUGUUGCCAGCCAGCAAUGGAAGAAGAGAUUAGGAUAGUAUUAUAAAAAAGGCUAAGAGUCAACUUUUGGAUGCUAAAGGUAAAUCCGACUAUUUUUUCUUCUUACUUCAACAUUCUGUUUUGGCCUCCCACUGCUAAAUUCUUCUAUUUCUGGCCCCUAGAUUAAUAUUCGACCGUAUAUUUUGCACAAUAAAGAGAAAAUGCUUUUUGGGAUUGAUCUUUCAUGCAUAAUGUCAAGACGGUUUGAAAAUGAAAUACAGAUGUGUAUGAAGGAAAUGACCAGGGGUAUUAAUUCUUCUUUAAUUUUUGUUUACAUGGAAAUAUCGCUAAGAAUAAAAAUGGAGUGGAAACAGGUGAAGGAGAUAGAGUCAGCAUGGAAAAGGACAAGACAGAAUAAAAUAAGCAUUGAAGAAAAGUCUAUAUGAAAUGUAAACUUCCAGAACACGUCAAAUGAAGACGGGAAUAUAUUAUUGUUGGCUCGAAGAAGGCCGAAUUUCCAGAUUUUGAAGGUGAAUUAAAAUUUCGACGCCGCAUCCAUGACUCUUUUCCCAAAAAAGACGAGGCUGAAAGGUAACGAAUCUCAGGUCUAAUAUCGUGUUCAGGAGCUGCUGUUUAAAUCAAUGACAAAUAGUUGAAGAAACCAGCAUUUUUGACAGGAUUAUAUUUACACAUACAUAUGCAUAUGUAGACCAAAGAAACAGUUAUGAUUGUAGACAUGACCAAGAACAUUAGAAGUAAAAUAUAUCUGGUUGUUGAAGUUCGUUUUUGCGAAGGUGAAUGAUAGACUGAGUUGGAAAUGUUUAGAUAAUAUAUAUAUUAUUUUUGGUGGGGCGUAAACAAAGAUUUGAUCAGUCAUUGCAUGAAUACGGUCUCAAUCACUGGAUUUUCUUUCCUCAUGGGACUGCAAGAACUCGAGUUUGGGUCAAGGAUAGCACUUAUACGCACUUUUUAUUGUGGGUUAAUAUUUCAGUUCAAUUUGGAAUAAUGCAGUAGAAGGGAAAACUGAAAAAAUUAAUGUGGGCCAGAAAAGCCUAGCUCUCACUCAUUUUGAAUCAGUUGACGAUCACUAUAUUGUUUGAAAAGGACACUGAACGUAAAAAAUCCAAAAAUUUGAAAUCAUUAAUGGUACUCUUGGAACUGAUGAAAAGGCUGCUACGCAAGUUUGAGCUCUUAAUAUGUCAUUAAUCUAAGGUGUUCUUGUUCUGGAUCCCCCAUAAUAUGUCAUUGAGAUUAAUUCAAACCAUGUGUUUUCAUUUAGAAAAUGCCACGGCAGCUUAAGAAUGCAUGUUACGCAGUCAACAUAACCAAAAUGUUUAUCUUUAGGCCGGAUUGGAAAAGUAUUUUGUGCUAGCUUAUUUCUCUUACUUUUGCACUCCAUUGAUAUAUAUGAGAAGAGGACUUCUUGGAUUUUUCCUGGUUUAAUGUUGGUUUAAUGUUGGUUUAAUGUUUUCUGGUGCCUGUUUUGAUAUAAUAGUGGAAAUUCCUGUAGAAAACAAAUUAGUGGACGUUAUAACAUCCAUCGAGAUAAGUACAUAUCUAUAUAUGUGUAAGCAGUUCAUUUUCUGUCAGCAGAUGAAUCCCUGCGCUUGAUAGAGAUUUCUCUGCGAGUUUGUAGGGCAAGUAGAACUUGUAGCUGUAAAUCUCUUGGGUUUUAGAUUUCUUUCAAACCUGUGCCUCCUCUCCUUGCUGUAUAAUCGAAAGCCUUUACUACUAUUGCAUGUUGCCUGUCACCAAAAAGUAACUGAUUCCUCAUGUGCACAGCCACCUAUGGCACCAGUCUUUCAAGAAAAGUUGCCUUUAUUCAUGAAUGGCAAAAUUUUCAAUAUUUACCAUCAUUACAUCUGCAGCUUUCCAGAUCUCUCUCAUUUUGACCGUUAUAUAGUGUCAACAGCCGGGAUAUUGACUCUCUCUCUAGCCAGUGAGUUUAUCUGGUACUGUCUGCAAUGAGUGCUCAUAUGUUGUGGGAAAAUAAAUGGAUGCAAAUUUACCUGCAGAUUGUUUGUUGUGCUACUAUAUUAUAUUUUCUUACCAUGGAUAUUUAGUUAUCAUAUAUUUUCUCUAAUUCACUUUUUUUUGUGAAGUACUGUUAUUUUGUUCGACAUUCAAUUGUAUUUUAUAUUUUUUGCUCUUUUUCGUUCUUUAUUGUCUUUCUAGUGAGGUGCAUGAACAAGCACUCGUGUCAUGUGUUGCCAUACAUCGUGAGAGAAGAAUAUUGCUAAAGCAAGAGAUUGGUAGAAUGGUAUUGUUUUUUGCCGACCAGCCUAGCUUACUUGCUCCUAAUAUUCAGGUAAGCGUUACUAUUUUUGAUGGUUCUACUUUAAUUAGCCAGUUGCCUUUAAGUUAUCAUAGCGUAUGAAUGCCACAUAUCGAUGCAGGGAUUUGUUAGUUUAUUCAACAUCUACUUUCACUUUGUUGUCUACUACCUCUGGGUGAACAUUUAUUUUCCGAUCCAAAGUAUUUCUUUCCUUAUAUAAGUUUGAAUUCGUGCUGAAAUUGAUUUUACAGUUGUGUUUAUAUACUGUUUUUCUAUUGGAGAAUGAAAGCCAGAUUGUGGUAACUUUUGAGGUUCGUUUAGAAAUGCUAAUUGUUUUUAAAAGCAUUUGAGUAACAGAGAUUAUUUGGUUGAUAAUAGUAAAAUGAGUUCGAGGAAGCUUUGAGGCGGUGACCUAAAAGCAUAUUCUCGAAAUGGCUGGAGGAAGGUCUGAUAUUCCCGUGUAAAGUCACCAUUUUACACCCGACUUUAAUACAUGGUCAGAAAAUAUGAUGACGUUUAAAAGUCUAAAAACCAAAUAAAGUUCGUUUUCAUCAGGUUUUGUCUAGGCUAAUUGAUUAAUAGCUGAAAGAAUAUUUUGAUUUCCUAUACUAGAAAACACGAAUGUGACCUCAGAGAAGAACUGAUUCAACAUAACAUGUAGGACAUUUCAUAGAAUAUAUUGUUGCCAUUUACGCCAUUUCUUCCUGAAAACAUUAGUAUGCUGUGAGUUUUUUUAACAAUAGAUAGCGGUUUUUCAUUCAAGAUAUUGGGGUUUAAUACUCAGAAUACCAUGGUUUGUUUGUUACAAGUUAUUCCAUGAUUAACAUCAGAGAAAAAUACCAUCGCCUACUGUCUUCGCUAAACCUUCAUAAUUAAUCAGAAUUUCCUCUUUCUUUAAUACGUGGAGUUAAACUAUAAUAUCAUCUCUAUGGAUAGAAACAGAAAAAAAAAGGAAACAGAUAAGAUUCCGUUUUGCCGUUUUCUCUUCUGCCUAGAGAGCCAGAUCAGCUUUUGUUCUAGUCUGACAAAGAAGCCAGUCUAACUAAAACUAUUAAUCAGUCUCAUAUAGAUAAUUUGAUUCCAUUCUGGUUGACAUCCGUUCAUUUAAUUCGAAGGAAUAAUUUACUGUUUUAAAUAUCAUCUUUUUGGUUCUGCUGCCUCCUUUAUUUAUUCCAUGUUGGUGAAAUGGAAUAAGCCCUAUUUUGAACCGAAUACUUGCAUAUGGCUUCAACUUCACAUGUCAACACACAGUGUAGGGAUCAACUGAGGUAGUUUCCACUUCUAUUUUAUUUGUAAGCAUUAACACAUAGCUUACACUUAUAUUCCAUUUAAGAUUUAUUUAUGGAUACAUAAAGCCUCUAUUCAUAUAGUUUCAUAUUAUAUCUUUGGGACAUCAAAUAUUUUCCUAUUAUAUACAUUUUAAUGCUUUAUUUGGAAAAUAAUUUUGAAUGUUGAUGAAAGCCAAGAACUUGAUUUCUAUUGAUUUGUUCUCUUGGUAGCCCGAAGUGCAAGAUUACUGAUCAUUAUGCUGUUCAGCAUUUGUAGACAUAAUUUAUCGCUUUAUCUAUGUGAUCUGUAACAAAGAAUAUUUCUUGAACUGUAAUAUUCCUAUUGUAACAGACUACUUAGAAAUUUGUCCAUGCAAAAUGUUACCGUUCACUUGCUCGAUGCAGAUGGUUUUCUCAGCCUUGGCUUUUGCCCAGUCUGAAAUCAUUUGGUACUGCCAACAUAUUAGUAUAUCGUCUUCAGGAUCUAAAGCAGCAAGGACGGCACCUGCUGACAUUGUAAGUUACAAAAAGCCGAGAUAUUGGAUAAUUGUGUAAUUAUGAAGUGCUAUCAGCAAUAGUUAUGACAUUUCCGUUGCAGGAUGCAGCAGACCCAACAAUUGGUUUCUUGUUACAUGGAAUGGACAAGCUUUGCUGCCUAGUACGCAAAUACAUUUCAGGUGAGGUUUUCAUGUAUUGAUAAAUGAAUAUGUUUGACAAUGAUGUUCAGAUUGCACGGGCUCUUUAUGCUCCAUGCAUUUUAUUCGCAGAAGCUAUGGCUUUUGACUUGUAGCAUGAUUAUCUUUAAUUUGUAAUUUGAUGGAUCUCGCAGGUUAAGAUUUUAUUGUUCAUUCUUGUGGCAACCUAUGCCUUUGGAAAUAUUAAUAAGGAUGCGCUUUAUAUCCGGAAACUCUGAAGUUUAUUUGGAAACUUUAUUCCAAGAUAAUGUGUACGGUAGGAAGAAAAGCUAGUUGACAAACUGAGAAGAAUGGAGGACGAAGAGAGAACAGGAAAGUAGAAACAACCCCGUUGAACAGUUUGCCUCCCCUCAUAGGGUUAAAAUAAAGAAACCCGUAGUUCCCCUUUAUUAAACACGAAUAAUUCAGAUUGGUCUAAUAAGUGGAGUGCAAAAGGUCUCUCCACUCACUAAACCAGGCAUGAUUUACUUGGUGUGGGUAUGGCUUGUGGAAUUUUUCUUUUCUCACGUCGCAAUGGUUUGUGGAAGUUUUCAUGUUUAUGGUUACCUUGAUUUUCUUGUUUAACUAGAGGUAACCUUUUUCAAAUAAAAUUAUAAUUUUUUUAUUCUUUUUUCUUUGAACAGCCAUAAGAGGAUAUGCGCUGUCAUAUUUGUCAUCGUGUGCUGGAAGAAUACGCUUCUUACUGGGUACCCCGGGAAUGGUAGCCCUUGAUUUAGAUACCCCAUUGAAGGGUUUCUUUCAGCAAGUUGUUCGUUGUCUUGAAAAUGUACCGAAGCCCCAGGGAGAAAAUGUCUCCUCACUUAAAUGUGACCUAUCUGUAAGUAGCAUAUGUGUUGUGCAUCUUUUUCUCCAUUGGCUUCUGAGAAUUCUCCUUAAAUUGAAUUCGUGUGGUUUAUAAUUCAAAGUGAUUUUAUUGCAAUCUGCCUCGUGGGAACUUCCUUUAGUCACAUCAUUUUUGACAAAAACGUAAGUUUGUACCAGUGAUGGUAAAUCCUAGUGGCUGUUUUGCUCGUGAUACUAGGAGUUCCCUGUGCUUAUCAGACUUGCAAGGAAAAAGGAUUCUAAUUCCCUCCUGAAUACUUACGAAAGUAUCUACUAGACCGAAUUGGUCCGUAUGGGCCACAUUCACUGCAAUCUGCUGACUCCGGAAUCAUUAACCAAAUUUAUGGUUACUCUGACCCAGUCUCAUCUGGACCAGCCAGUUCCCAAAGUUGGAUUCUAGCAACAAUUGAUAAGGAGCGUGAUAAGUUGCUCAUAAAAUGCAAGGUUUCCUGUAGUAACUAGUGGUAUAUAUUUUGAUUGUUUCGAGAAUUCAAUGGACGAGAAAUGGUUGAAAUCUUUCCUUGGAAAAAUUAUCCUUUGUAUGGCAACGCCUUAGUUCAUCGUGGAAGACGGUUGCUACAGUGGUUAUUAUGGAUGAUAUUUACAUUAGUCAGAACACCUAUUCCUUGCUCUCCUUCUAUGUGCAGAUAACACUAUAGAAUAUGAAAAUGAUGAUGCAAACAAUAUUCCGAUUUUACUCAGUCAUUUGGUAAGUUCAACAACGUUUAAAGUUCAUGCUGUCAACUUUUGUGAAAAAUCUAAAGUCCAGGAAUAGGCGGGAGGAAUGUAAACCUUUUGUAAACCUAGUUUGCUGAGAUAUUUUAUCUAUUUCCAAGACACCAGCAAAAGUUGCAAAAAAUGGAAGCUAUUAUAAUUGAUUUUAUGUGGAAUUUCGCAAAUAAGGAGACAGGAUUCCACUUAAGGCAUUGCGGCUUUUUGUGGAACUAAAAGAUAGGUGUUAAAUUGAGUAAAACGAACAUUCUUUGCAAGCUCUUUUUGCUAAAUUGCUAUGGUUAGUGGGAUAAGUAUCUCUUUCCAAAGAAAAUUUAUGAUCAAAAAAUAUUUGGGAAUGGGGCCUCAGCUUCAGUAUACUUUCGCUCUUGCUCAUAAUCUGUCAUUUAUGUCUGUGUCGUCUGAGCUGGGUGAAAGUAAAGGCAUCAAUUCUUGAGGACAGAUAGCUUCAAAAUGGGAAAAGUUUUAGUAGCUUUAACAAGAAAGGAUAAAUAGGAAUAUACGCAUUGAGGUAUUUCAGAGCGUGAUUAUGGUGGAUGGGACUUCCAAAUGAUUAUGCAUAAAGGAAAACUAGCUUAGCAUGCCAAAUGCCAUUUUGUAAUUUAACUAGUUAUAGUGGAUGAAAAUCAUGGAGAUUAGGUUUGGAGAUAGAACAGUAAAGAAGACUGAUAAAUGUGUAUUCUGUAUUAUAGUGUGUUUCUCUUGGAUAUGCUACUAUUGAACUAUUUCGGAAUGCUAUGUUCAGUACCCUUCGCAUUGAGUGAUGCUUUCAGAUAAGUUCUCAUGCAGAAUUGGGUAUGUGCCCUGCAUACUGAAGAAUUGAACACAUUUUAAGGAUCUAUGACGAAUCAUUGCCGUGACUAUUUAAUCUGUGGUAGAGGUUUCCAGAGGACAUUUUAUGCAAGGUGUGUUUUCUUUUGGGCUAGUAUUCUGCUGGAUUAAUUUUGCAGCUUGUGACAAGUCUCAUCGUAUCUUUUAUUCUGUUUAUUAAACUUUGUUUUUAUUUAAUUACUGUUUUAGUAGUGGCUUUUUUUAACAUUAAACGCAAACAAAUUAUUGUGUUUCAGUAACAGUCAAUCAUUAUUUAAUGAAUUUAAGGAUUUUCUGAACCUGAUUAUCUAGGGCUUCAGUAUAUCUGUUUAGUACAAAUAGGAAUGUAUUGUAAUUUAUUGCAGUUUUUUGAUUUACGUUUAUGUUGCAUUUUGUGUACUAAUGUCUUUAGGAUCUACGAAGGCACUGGCUAUCAAUAUUAAUGAUUGUGACAUCAUCUCGGUCUUCAAUAAACAUACGUCACUUGGAGAAGGCCACAGUCUCUACUGGAAAGGAGGGUUUAUUAUCUGAAGGAAAUGCUGCCUAUAACUGGUCCAGGUUUGUUUCUCCCAUUGUUUACAUUUCAGGUUAACGACAGUCGGAUGACGAAGUUCAAAAUCAUCCAAUCGAUGCCCGUGCCAAUUGAUAUUAAUGAUGUUUAAGUACUUGGAGCUUUCUCCUUAAUCCAAUAUGUUUUGUUUUCCUGCAGUAAAAAAUAAUUUGUACUGUAAUAUUUUUGUAGGGGAUUCUUUGGUUACAUGUUGAAAGAAAUUUCAUGGUGUCGCAUAAAUCGUAUCCCAAUUCCUGCCAAAAUUAUUCAGGCUACCAAAAUUAUUGAGUGAUAUGUAUCUCUCCAGAGAUCUUAGCAAUGUUUUCCCUUUGGUUUUCCAAAUGUCUGCUAGUAGGUAGGGUUAUUAGAUACGGUUUCUGAGUGACAUUUUUCUUGUUGCAAGUUGUGUUUUUAUAUGCUAGAACUAAUUCUAACUCAUGACAUUUUCAACCUUCGAGGAUUUUCUUUUAGGUUUUUGUCUGAGAACAUGAAGGCAUGUUAAUUUUGUAAUUCCUCUGUUAGAGAUUCCUGAUAUGUACUGUCAUAAAGGAAUAACGUGGCAUUAUUUUACCCCUUGAAUUGUAUUUUUCUACCAGAUCACUCAUUUAAAGGGAAGCCUUUUUAUUUCACUUUUUCUUCGCAUUUUACAAGUUUUCUUGAAUAAUCAUACUAUUUUCUUCGGUGGGUAGCAUAUGAAAAGGUUAGGAUGACUGCUGUAUUAUUACUAACUUUGUUAAUUUGGGAUAUUUAGCAGAUAUACAUUUUGGUUUCUGACUGCGGUUCUAUAGUUUUGGUAUUUAUAGUUUGUAUAUCCAUCUGAAAUGCGCUCAUGGAUCUUUAACCUAAGGCAUAAGAAGUCAUCUUGUAUAUACCACUUCUAAUCAUCCGUAUGCAGCAAUUCGGUAAACCCCAGUUCUGUUUAUUGGUUCCCAUAUUGCCUAUGAUUUAAUAGCUGCGUUAUAGACACAGUUCAGUUUCAAGAUGUACAAGUUGCAGCAAAUACGAACCAAGAAUUAACAAGUUACUUUCAACUCCAUGAUUUAUUGAAAUGAAAUAUGGAUUAUUUUUGCACGACGUGGCAGGUGUGUUGAUGAACUUGAAUCCCAGCUAUCGAAGCAUGGAAGCCUCGGAAAGCUGUAUUUCUAUCACACCCAUCUAAGUACGGUAAGGCACAUUAUCCUUCCUACCUCAGGUGUUCUGGUCUUCCAAAUAUCUGGUAAGAGUGCUGGCUAAAGUGUCUCAGAAGGGUCAUAAACGGUUCUAUUUACAUCGCCCCCACCCAUGAAUAUAUUCAGCUAUAAAAUGUUUAGUGUCUUUACCCUUUUUCAAUUUGGAUUUUUGUUAGAAGGUAAAUAAUAUUUAAGAAUAAAGAAAACAUUGCUUUGAUAAAAACAUAAAAGAUAGCUUAAUCUUUGCCAUGCUUGGUUUUUUUUUUUAACAUUUACAGUUAUAAGGAUGCUAUAAAUAUCUUUAGGAUAGCGCAAUGCAAGGUCUGUUAGUUCUUGAAUCCUUGAUGUUCACUAUGCUAAUUUAGAUUGGAAAAUGAGGUGAAACAUGGGGGAAAUCGAUUUCUUUUAUCAAAUGUAAAAGACAUAGCAUACCACCUUCUAAAGUGUCUUUCGAAACAUGGCUAUAUUCUCGUUUAAGAGUGGUACUUUUUAAGGGGGUGGCUAAAAGAUGGACAAUGUUGUACUCGGAUAUUAAUUUCACUGUGCUGGCUUCAGAUAUAAUAUUUUAUGCCACAGACAGAAGUUUUAUAACUGCCUAACGGAGAAUGCUCCCGCUAAUCAUUACUUUGAGCAAUAAUUAAUGAAGCAUUCGUUUUGCAGUUUGAAAGUUGUAAUGUUGAAUUUAGGUCUUUAGGAACACGAUGUUUGGGCCUGAAGGACAUCCACAGCACUGCUGUGCAUGGCUUGGAGUAGCAAGUAGUUUCCCCAACUGUGCUUCUUCUACCGUCCCUGAAGAGGUAGGCACACCUAUUUGUAUGAAACCUCUUUUCUUCAACCUUCUGGACUUGUUUGAUGUACACAUUUUUUGUUAGUUUUGUGAAUCCAUACUAGUAUAUUGGAAUGCCCGUUAUUUGUUUCGUAAUUUAUGACUUCUGAUUGGAUUACCGUGCUUUGGAUAAUAACCUGAUAAUUAAGGGACUUUGGCAUCUUUGCUUAUUUCACAUUGAAAGAGGAAGAAUGCCCUGUUCACAAUCCCAGAAAGAGCAGUUUGGAUCAUUGUUUUGAGUGCAUGAAACUGCAAUGUUAUUUUUCUUUUGGGCUUCGUUACUAACUUUAGCCUACUGAUGACUUAGAGGCUAUACUAGUAACUUUCCUCACUCCAAUUUCCACAAUGAAGGCUGUUUAAGUGCAACCUCAAAAUUGAUUGUCCCAAGUUGUUGAGGAAAUGUUACCAAAAUCGAUUAAACUUGGACAAUUGAGGUGCAAGGCUUCUAUUGUCAGUUUUUAAUAAAGCGUUUUCUUUGAUGUAUAAGGACUUUAUUAUCUAUGCAACAUUAACUUGAAUGUUUUGUUAGUUAAUUAGAAUACUGAGUGUUUUCCCUCUUGGCAUUCAACUUGAGGAUCCUGCUUUCCUUUUAUAUUUGUCUGUUGUUGACCACAGGAAGUUUGAUUCCUGGUCAAUUGCUCCAUUGAAGGGUGAACCCCUUCUAACAUUGAUCACCUGAAUAACAUGAAACAAUGAUGAGAACCUGACUCUUUCGAUGAGCCAGAUGGUUUCUCUUACCUCUGUUCGCUCUCAAUAAUGUUGUUAACUACUUCUACGUACGCCUUGAAGAUUCCGAGCAUCAAAGCACUUAUUAUUGUAAACUUGCAUUUUAUCUUAAUGCGGUUACGUGGUGAUUCUGCAAUACUGACGAAAUUUUGUGUAAUAUGUGCUGGAAUGCAUUAAUCGUCUUUUUUACCUGAUCCAAUAUGAUAUCAUUCUUCAAAUUACCUCAUUAGUAUAUAAAACUUCGUUUGUAUACUCAAUAAAUCGGGUAAUUUAGUUCCGAAAUAGAACACGUUUAAACUAAUUUAAAGUUAGUCUAAGGGUAUACAUCUCACAUGAAUAUAAAGUUCAUUUGAAAUUCUUGUUAUCUUACGAAAAAAUGACAAAAGAUCUUAUACGUUCAUAUGAGAUGUUCAGUUUUCUUCUGGCAACUGUAUAUUUAUAGACAUUAACUGUGUCCUAUGGCUAGAAGGUCAGUGUUAUUAUCUUACGGUCACAGUAUUGCUUUAUUUACAUAUUUUCACAGUAAGAAAUCAAGAUUACGAGUAGAGGACACUAGUUAUUUGAAAUCUAUUUUAGGCUAAGUUGAUCGCUAAUGAACUAUUCAAAGAUAUCAUUUGCCAAAUCUUCAAAUUUCACCAUUAGUAUCUCUCUACAUCAAUUCAACUAUCCAUAUCUGAUAUUUUCGUUUACUGCUGAGAGACUGUGAAUUAGAAGACAGUAAAAAUGAUCAAACUAUUAUUUCUGUGGGCUAACCAGCUGUCAAAAAUGAGUGUCUCAUUGAAUUCUUGUAACUUUGUGCCUGAAAGAUAUGACUUGCAUUCUUAUUUUUAUUAUACAUUUGAAUAAUUCUUUUUGUCAAUUCCUUCAUUUCAUGAGUCCUUAGAUGUAAACCCUACAGAACUUCUUAAAAACCUUGUUUAUCAUGAGCCACUAGUCACUUGCCAUUCUUGUUAUUUGAUCGUCCCUUAUUUUGAUAUUUUUGAUCUAAUGUUCUAGAUUGACCACCCUACUUCUCAGGAAAUGCGUUUGGACUUAUUCUUUUAUGCUUUACAUUGUAGUCAAUCCCUUGCCCUUUAUUGAUAGCUUGUUUGAUAUACUUUGUGGAUCAAAACACGAGCAUAACUAACUUAGUUUUCGUAUGUGUUUUAUUUUUACUAUGCUUAAUUACGGGUAUAAAAGGCUCUCUUUAAUUUAGUGCUGAUCAACUUAACUGAAAUCGGGUCAACAUUAUGUUCAUUUUUAAAACAAAUGAUUCGAGCCUUUUUGAGGUCUCGACUUCAAAUUGAGCUUCCUCAUUACAAAGUUGAUGACAGCCACUCAUACCAAAAGUUGGAACUUUUGAUAGUUGGUGUUUGGACAAUAAUUGCGAUUAUAUUGACCCAAUGAACAAGUCAUGACAAAGACCUCAGGAUGCCAGCUAAAUUUGAUUGAAAUAUGAUUCUGGGACUGCCAGAAUUGACGGGUGGCUAAACAGAAUAUAAUACGCUAACUCUUUGUUUUCAUGCUGGCCUUUAUAGUAGUAUGCCUUUGCUUGUGAAGAUUAAAAGUUGAGGUCAUGUAUGUGUUAGUGGUAUAUAGACUUGGGGCAUUGUGGAACUUUCUUCUAUGAUUAUUCAUUUGUUUUUUUAAAUGCAUAUAAUCUUUCUUAGCUUGUUGACGCUAGAUGAACCUAUUAAUAGUGCUGUUCUUGUACUUCAGGUGAAUAAAAUUGGCCGGGAUUCUAUCUCUUAUGUUGAGUCACUCAUUGAAUCCAUCAUGGGUGGGCUGGAAGGGUUGAUCAACAUAUUAGACGCAGAAGGAGGAUUUGGUUCUCUAGAGAUUCAGGUGUUGUACUUUCUGUUACCUUGACCUUUGUUAUACAACACGUUGCUGUGCCCUGAAUUCGGCUCAUUCUUUCCAUGUUUCAGCUAACGCCAGAUCAAGCCGCUAUUCGUAUGCUGCAUGGAAUAAAGAUAUCAAUAUCAUCCAUUAAAUCUGCCAAGGUUAUUCCUGGCGUGUUAGUGCCUGGACUGGAAAGCUACCCAGAAAAUAGCAACUCCGUGAAAAUGUAAGCCUGAAACUGCGGCACUUGAUGAUUUCUUCACAGGCUUUGUGUUAACGGCUGUUUGAUCGGUGGCAGGUUGGAGGCUGCAGUGCAGAGGUUGACAAAUUUAUGUUCGGUUUUGAAUGAUAUGGAACCAAUAUGUGUUCUAAAUCAUGUUUUCGUCCUGCGAGAGGUGAGCUACCAAUACUCGGAAUUUUUUCAUAGAGUUUCUGACAUUUGUUAAGAUAUCUGACAAGAUGUUAUCCUGCCACUGUCAAAUGAUGGCAUGUUUAAAUGUGGGGUGCUUUUUUUCUUCCUGCUGUUGUCAUGAAGAAUGCCUCAUAUUUUUCAGAAAUUGUAGAAUAAUGUCCAUACAUCUGAUUAUAUUGUUACUAAAAUAAAGAAUAUUUCAGAAAUAAAACCAUACCCCAUUAUAUGUUAUUUUAUGUUCUUGCCCUUUCCUAUUGUACAUAUGUUCUCUAAACCGAAGCCCUGAUAAACACUGCGAAAUUGUUGGCCUACGACCUUCUCUCUAUAUUCUUGGGACUCAGUUUUGUCUCUUAUCAUUAUCAUUACCAUGAUCCUCCUAUCAUCUGCCAAAAUUCUAACUAAUUUGUGUUGGUGUGCCAAUCUCAGUCCCCCCAUUUACUCAUAUUCUACAUGCCUAAGUCUGCCUUUUUCUUUGUUGCCUUAAUCCAUGUUUAAUUGGAUAUCCCUUUUCAUCUCUUGGUAUCAUAAAAAUGCUGAUAUCUCUUAACAAGUGCUUAUUCCAGUCUUAUUUCCCUAUGCCAAAAUCAUCUUAAAGAACUUUCAUAGCCUAAGCUUAUAUGAUAUCUGUUCUAGUUGGCAUUGGCUACUGGCUGGGAUUCUUGAAAAUCAAGUCACAUAACUCUUCUCAUGUCUGAGUUGCACAAGGCUGAUGAAGAUGGGCUCCGUUUUUAUUUAUUGAGUUUUUUUGGUUACACAAAAUACGCUGUUCUAUCAAUUGAAAUUAAAACAUGAGACCGAUAAAAGAGUGAAACAUAAUAUUGAUUAGUAUUUUUAUCCGGUCACAAUAGCUAAUUUAUCAUAAAUAUAUGCUUCAUAUCCAUCCAAAUAUUUUAGCAUAGCAUGAAGUCUAUAUAAAACUAUAUCUGGAAGAUGUGCCACAGAGAACCAUGUUCACUGUUUUGUAUCCCAUCAAUAUGGUAUAAAAAAAUAUGCAUUAAAAGUUCAUUCCUUUUAAUGCAUAUUACCUGAGAUUGCCACAGUUGAUUAUGGAUAUGUCAAUACCAGUAUCAGACCAUGGUUAUGAUCUAUUUUCAUUUUCUCUUCAGUACAUGAGAGAAUGCAUUCUUGGAAACUUCAGAAGGAGGCUUCUUUCAAUCUUGAAAACAGAUAAUGGUUUGGAGCGCCCUUCAACCAUAGAAUCUUUGAUACGAAGACAUAUCAGCAUCAUCCAUCUGGCCGAACAGCACAUAAGCAUGGAUUUAACAACCGGAAUCCGUGAAAUUUUGCUGUCAGAGACCUUCUCUGGCCCUGUUCAUUCCUUGCAGACAUUUGAGAAAUCCACAAGCCAGCCUACUGGAUCGGCUAUAGAGGUUGUAUGCAACUGGUACAUUGAACAUAUUGUCAAGGAUGUAUCGACCGCUGAAGUUAUAUUUUCUCCGCUGCAUAACUGCUUUAAAAGUUCACAACUCAUUGGAGGAUAUUUUGCUGACUCGUUCACUAGUACUGAAGAACUGAAGUCCUUAUUUCGUGCCUUUGGUGGGUAUGGAUUUGACAAAUUUGACAGGAUGAUGCGAGAGCAUAUGGCUGCUCUUUUGAGCUGCAUUGAGGCGACAUUGCUAUCCAAUUCUGAGGUGCUUGAGGCAUUUGCAGGAAGCAUGAGCUCUCCUGAUCGGCUAGAAAGAGAGAAAAGUUUCAAACAAAUAGUGGAGAUGGAGAGUGUGGUUGGUUUCUGUAUCCAGGCAGGUCAAGCAAUAGCAUUCCACAGGCUUCUCGUAGAAUCUGCUGGAGCUGUCCUGGAAGAGAAUGCGCCUCUGAUUGUCACAUUAGUUUCUUCGGUGAAGAGUCAGUUGCCUGAUGAGAUACCUGAGAAGGAUGAAAUAAGAAGGUUGAGGUCGGUUGCAAUUGAUGCUGGAGAAACAGUUGAACUUGACACUGAAUGGGUGCAUUCCAUCAUGGCAGAGAGGGGAUCUUUCGAUAAUGGUUCAUGGAGUUUGCUUCCCUAUUUGUGUGCCUCAUUCAUGGUAUCAAGUGUUUGGAACACGACGUAUUUUGAUGUGAACAUUGGGGGCUUUAAUAGCAACGUUCAAUGCUUAGCGAGGUGAGCAUACCUUCUUUCCAUCUGUUCUCAAAAUUAGAUGGAUAGUGGACUACGUUCUCUUAUGUUUGUGUUUCUAAGAUUUUGACGAAUCUAAUCAAGGAAUAAACGACCGAAUAUGAGUUUUUGCAUUCAACAGAUGCCCAUAUGCGUUAUUUAACUUGGUUAUUAAGAAGUAUCCUUUCAUGAAUGGUGAUGCUUUUCUCCGUGAAAAUAUCAUUUCUUAUGUGGUCGGCUUUCCAUUGAAGUUAUGCCAGUGUUUUCAUGAGGUCUAGAUAUACCCACAUUGUUCCUUCACCCAACGUUGACUUUCUUUCCAAAGGCAAAAUAUUAUCCAUCCAUAUGUGCCCAUCUAACAGUAGACCUGAAAGAAUCAGACUCAGGCACUCUUCCUAUGGGCCAUUUUACCACCCGUCUGUCACAAUCAAGAUAUAAACUAUCCAAUGAACAUCCAUUCAUUUCAUUGUCAGAAAUAUACUGAGAAUUCUGCUCAGGCCUUGGGUCUUUUAUGGACCAUGUAGGUAUGGCACUAUGCCCAUUGUUGUGGUACAGUCCAUUGGGAGCUGACUCCAGUUUCUGCAGGUGCAUCAGUGCUGUCAUCGCUGCAAGUGAGUUCAUACGGUCAGAAAAGAGUGAACUACAGAGGCAAUCUCUAUCCAAUGGACACGGCAGUGAGAUGGAGCCUGAAACACUUACUCGAACAUCUGUUCAAGCAAAUAUCAAGUCUGCAAUGCAGAUGUAUGUGAAAUACUCCGCAGGGAUCAUUCUCAGUUCAUUCACUGAGAGCAACAGGUACUCUCGAAACCAUAUAGUGAAUACUACUGCAGUCUCUAAAAUUAAAAAAAAAAUAAAUCUAAUUUUCUGUAGCUUCCACCGACUUUUAAGAACUGAGGAUUAACAUAUCCAUUAGCUCCUCCGGCAGCAUCAUGAAAUGAAUCUGCCAUUAAAGAAACAAUAUAUUUCCUUCUUUUUUCUAUAGUGAUCAAUUUUCCCUGUUUCCAACUGUGGAUUUUCAUGUUAGCGGCACUGUUCAGUGUCCAGUCUAAGAGAUUCAGCUCUGAAUGUCUAAACCAUCUGGCUGCGUAAAGGUUAGUCUGUUUAUAAUCUGAUCUUCUUAUACCUUCCUGCAGGACUCAUCUUGUUCCGAAGCUGACAUUUCUGGACCACCUCUGCCAUAUUUCCCCUUACCUACCAAGAAGCGCCCUGGAGCUCCAUCUCCCCUACACACUCCUGCGCUCGAUAUACCACCAGAGCAAUGGAAACCCGCCGCCGGCGUCCCUCGACAUCCUCUGUCCAUCUCCGCGGCAGUCUCCUCACAUCUCCCUCGCUCAUAAUUCCCCGAGGCUCAGACAGAACCACAGCGAUCUCGCCCAGUCUAGCUUCCAGGAUUAUCCGGGCUACCACGCUGCACAGGGCUACCGAAGAGAAGCAACCAUUCUGUAUGAUGUAGACGGCGCCGCCCGCAGGGCCGAAGAGCGGCAGCACCGGCGGCAGGGAGCUCCUGCAGACGGCGGCAUGGGCCGGAAAGUGAAGUUUGUCGACGGCGCUGCCAGCGGCAGCCGAGGAGGCCUCAGCCCACUGCCACGGUUUGCGGUUUCAAGAUCUAGCCCGGCGCCGAAUAAGUAG